AUGACUGGUGACAUGGUAGAAAUGCGUGAGGUGGUGACUAUUAAUUUUUUGUUUCUUGCUUUGUUACUUGCUUUAAAUUACUUGCUCUUUCGUUUUUCUAUUUUUUCAUGGCUUUUUAUUGAAUUGACACAUUUUAUUUUUUUUUCAAGCUGCGCUACCGACCGUGCCUACCCGGCAUGGCGCGUAGUUGCUUUGUUACACAUUUCUUAUUGUUUUUACACGAAUAUGAUUCAAUCAUCAAAAAUUAAAGUCCUGAGGCAAGACACGUCGGCCGCGCAUGUGGCCGCCCGCCUAUGGUUCUUUAUGUCAGUUUAUUACGAAGAUUACAAAAAAGUCCAAGCGCUACUGGAAAGGCGGAAGUAG